AUGCGAGAGAAGGAAAAACUAAGGAAACAAUGGCGCACAGGCGUUAAUGUACUUAAAAAGAAUUCUGUACGCUUGGCUGAGGUUUGGUUAGAUGACUAUUCCAAAUAUUACUAUCAACGCAUUGGUAACGAUAAAGGUGAUUUUGGUGAUGUUAGUGCACGUAAAAAAUUGCGGUGUUCUGAAAUGAAUUCUGCUGAACCUGUCUAUUCACCCACCAUGGCCGGUGGCUUAUUUUCCAUAGAUCGUGAAUUCUUCGAAUUAUUAGGUACUUAUGAUUCUGGUUUCGAUAUUUGGGGUGGUGAGAAUCUAGAGCUGUCAUUUAAAACUUGGAUGUGCGGUGGUACUUUAGAAAUUGUGCCAUGUUCCCAUGUGGGUCAUAUCUUUAGAAAGAGAUCACCGUAUAAGUGCAGUGUUAACACAAAUGUUUUAAGUUACUCUCAGUUCUUGUUCAGCGCAAGUUUGGUUCUAGUUUUUCCUAGAAAGCUUUUUAUUAAGCUUUUUCUCAUUUUUUAUAUAUCUUUAUUUUUAAUUUCAUUCUUGAAAUUUUCUUUUACAGGUUUGGCCAAACUUAUCAUUGACGACUUAGAACCCGCCUUCCAAUUCUGUACCUAUGUCGUCUAUGGUUAUGCUGGCAUUGAACGUGACUCCUUUAAGGCUUUGAGUACCAAUCAAAAUUUGGACUUGGAUUUGGGCAAGGGUUUGUAUCGCACAUUGACCCGUCUAAAGCGUAAAUAUCCCAAUGUUAAGGUUUUAUUGAGUGUGGGUGGUGACAAGGAUAUCGAAACUAGUGAAGAUGCCAAAGAUUUGCCCAACAAAUAUUUGGAAUUGUUGGAAAACCCCACUGGACGCAUGCGUUUCAUUAACACCGCCUAUGCUUUGGUGAAGACUUAUGGUUUUGAUGGUUUGGAUAUUGCUUGGCAAUUCCCCAAGAACAAACCCAAAAAGGUGCACAGUGGUUUGGGCAGUUUCUGGAAGGGUUUCAAGAAAGUCUUUACCGGUGAUCAUAUUGUCGAUGAAAAUUCUGAAAUGCACAAGGAACAAUUUACAGCACUUAUGCGUGAUUUGAAAAAUGAAUUGAGACCCGAUAACUUCCUGUUGUCCACUACCGUUUUGCCCAAUGUUAACUCUUCAUUGUUCUACGAUAUUCCCGCCUUGGUCAACUAUGUCGACUUUGUUAAUUUGGCUGCUUUCGAUUUCUAUACACCCGAACGCAAUCAUGAAUUGGCUGAUAUUGCCGCUCCCUUGUAUCCCAUGGCUGAUCGUAAUCCUGAAUUCAAUGCUGAUUAUCAAGUACAAUUCUGGUUGCGCAAUGGUUGCCCUUCGAAGAAAAUCAAUUUGGGUGUUAGCACCUAUGGCCGUCCCUGGAAAAUGACUGAAGAUUCGGGUGAUACUGGUGUACCACCUGUAGCUAAAGUUGAAAAUGAUGCUCCUUUGGGUGUUAACACUCAAACUUUGGGCUUGUAUAGUUGGCAAGAGACCUGCUCUUUGUUGCCCAAUGCCAAUAACAUGUAUGCCAAGGGUGCUGAUGCUCCAUUAAGAAAAGUUUCUGAUCCUUCACGUCGCAGUGGUGUUUAUGCCUUCAGAGCUGCCGACAAAAAGGGCAAGAAUGGUGUUUGGGUUUCCUAUGAAGAUCCCGAUACAGCUGCUGAUAAGGCUGCCUAUGCUAAGAGUCAUAACUUGGGUGGUAUUGCUUUGUACGAUUUGUCCUACGAUGAUUUCCGUGGCCUUUGCACUGGUGACAAAUAUCCCAUUUUGCGUGCCAUUAAAUAUCGUUUGGUCAAUUAAUUCUGCUGAUGUUUUUUUACUAAUUAUGUGAAAAUUAUGUUAUAUGUUUUUAUAUUAUAGUUUUAGUCCUGCAAAGUUUUUGUGCUUUUUUCCGGAGAGUGGAUGAAAAAGAAAAUAAAUAUUUUAAAGAAAUUUUUAUUAAA